AUGGAAGGUGACGACAAAAAGGAGGAGGGAAAUACUGUUCAAGAACGUGACGCUGCUCCUGUACAUGAAGAUUAUAUGGAUUCCGCACUGGAAAGGCUAAAUACAAGGCGAUGGUGGAGAUAUGGGAUCAUAUUCUUGCUAGCCAGCAGUCCGUGCGUGUUCACUGCUAUCCACAUCAUGGCGUCAGUGUUCAUCGCCAACCUCCCAAAUUACUGGUGCCAAGUCCCGGAGCUUGUUGAUGCUAAAUGGACCGAUGAACAAAUUAGAAAUAUAAGCAGCCCCGAAGGAUUAUCUAAGUCUAGCUGCUCUGUCAUUAACUGGAACUACACUCUAUUGGCAACCAUGGACUAUGAGAAAGCCAGUGAAUAUGUGUUUUCUAAGGUCAGACCGUCUGAGUCACGGUGUACAAAGUUCAUGUACGACGAGGAUAUUUCAUUUUCAACUGUUAGUGAGUGGGAUCUGGUAUGCGACAACCUGACAUUGAAGUCCUAUAUCCAAGCUGCUAUUGCCAUGGGUAAAUUUUUUGGUGGAGUCUUCUUUGGAUUCUUGGCUGACAAGUACGGACGAAAGAGGAGCUUCACUGCAGCGUGUCUUACAUACAUCAUAUCUGGGCCACUCGCCGCCUUUACCACUUCAUACUGGUUUUUUCUGAUUGCUCGAUUCUUUAUUGGUUUUGCUGGCUCAGGGUGUUACGGAACUGCUUACAUAAUUUUGACGGAGCUGUCCAGCAUGGGACGACGAGCCAUGUUCGCUUGUAUAUACAACUUAUCCUACCCUGUGGAUAUGGUAUAUGUGAUUCUUGCUGGGAUUGCCUACGUGUUCCGUGACUGGCGAACCUUGCAGCUGGCAAUCUCUCUCUACCCAUG